UAGUGUAGUGAAGCUACUUGUGUAACGUCAUAUAUAAUUUCCUACACAGGAACAUACUCACCGUCUGCCAUACACUGUGUAGUGAAGGCUCACAGUUCUAACCCCGCCGAAAGAGGUCCAAAACGCCACCUUUGCGUUCGCUUCCGGUCUGUGCGGUUCACCUUCCGGAAUGGUAGAUGCUAGAAUCAAGUGGGAUGUGCGUCCCAGCUUACUUCCGGCCUGUGCGUUCCACCUGACUCCCUCAGGCCCAUCUCCUCCCUCUGCGCUCCACAGGCCAGAAGUGAUUGUUCUUCCACUGUAGCUCCCCGGAAAAUAAGCAGUGAGGAGCCAGACCCUUUACACUAGUCACGUGACGGUGAGACGUGUCCUGUAUAAAUCAUUGAUCACGGAGGAUGGGUAAGGCCCGGAGUCACAGGACAGAAAAGAUACUAAAUCUCACCCUGGAGAUCAUCUACCUGCUGAUUGAGAAGGAUUACAUAGUAGAGAAUAAGACAUCUGUUCAUCAUGAGACACCCAGUAGCCGUCCCUGUGUGUCAGGAGGAUUGGACAGGAUCCAGAGCCUCAUCAUGGAGCCUCCACCUCACUCACUGAUACAUGAGAGAGACAAUGACCAGAAGAUCCUGGAACUCACCAACAAGAUCAUUCAGCUGCUGACUGGAGAGGUUCCUAUAAGGUGUCAGGAUGUCACUGUCUAUCUCUCCAUGGAGGAGUGGGAGUAUAUAGAGAGACACAAGGAUCUGUACAAGGACGUAAUGAUGGAGAAUCACCAGCCCUUCACAGCACUGGAUGGACCCAGUAUCAAAGAUAACCCAGAGAGAUGUCCCCGUCCUCUGUAUUCACAGGAUUGUACACCGGAGAAUCACAGGAACCCACAGGAGGAUCAAAGUGAAGGUCUGACAGAUGUUAAGGUAGACUAUAUAGAGGGAGAAGAAGAGACGUGUGUGAGGGGUGACUAUCAGUGUAAGGAGGAGGAAAUCCCUACAGAUAUCAGCACAGAUGGAGGUAACAGCAGGAAUAUGUCGGAAGAAUAUCUCAUUUUAUCUCCAGACUUUAAAAUAGAAGAGAACAUCACACAGGAUGAUCCAGGAGAAAACCCCUUUACCCCAAUUACACAUCCAGUACCGCUCAGUGCCGAUAUGUCAUCUGAUCCCUCAAACCAUGAGCAAUGUCCUCCUGAUAAAUCAGAUAUUGCUACACAUAGUACAGCUUUGAGAGUAGCCGCAAUUGCUCCCUGUUCUGUAGAUGGCCAAUGUUUUACACAGGAAACAAAACUUAUUACCCAUCAGCCAGUUAAGGCCAGUGUGAAGUCAUUUUCAUGUUCUGAGUGUGGGAAAUGUUUUCCAUGUAAAUCACAUUUUGUUAUGCAUCAGAGAUGUCACACAGGGGAGAAACCAUUUUCAUGCUCAAAGUGUGGGAGAUGUUUUACACAGAAAUCAAAUCUUGUUAGACAUGAGAGAAGUCACUCAGGGUCUGGGAAUCAUUUUACAGAUAAAGCAAUUCUUACACAUGAGAUGCUUAACACAAGGGAGAAGCCAUUUCCGUGUGCUGAGUGUGGAAAAUGUUUUACACAUAAAUGUACUCUUGUUUCACAUCAGCAACUUCAUACAGGUGAGAAGUUUCCGUGUGCAAACUGUGGGAAAUCUUUUAUGAAGAAAUCCCACCUUGUUACACAUCAGAGUUGUCACACAGGGGAGAAGCCAUUUUUAUGCUCAGAGUGUGGGAAAUGUUUUACAAAGAAAUCAAAUCUAGUUAGACAUGAGAGAAGUCACACAGGGGUGAAACCAUUUCCAUGUUCAGAGUGUGGGAAAUGUUUUACAUAUAGAUCAGCUCUUGUUUUACAUCAGAGAAGUCACACAGGUGAAACUUUGUAAAUUUGUAAACUUUGUAUUUUCUCUAGAGAACACAUCUUACAUAGGGCCUAAUUCACACCUGAUUGCUGUGCUGCAAAUUACACUGUCCUGCGAUCAGACAGUCACCGCCCAGGUGGAGUGAAAAUUUGCCCCGUGCAAGUGUGCGAUUGCAUGUGUAAACUGCGAAAAUUCCCCUCAGUCAGCGGACAGCUGUUAAACCGUUCGCAUCACACUCACCAUCGAAUGUUUUUCCCAUUCUGAGCAGUGUGUGCAGUCUGUGCAUAGCUCAAUACUCACUCCUCCAGUGCGAAGGAAUCAGGCUGAUCGGGGCCGGAGCUGACGUCACACACCCGCCCUGAAAACGUUUGGGAACGCCUGCGUUUUUCCAGACACUCCCUGAAAAUGGCAAUUUACCACCCCUUCCUGUCAAUCACCUUACGAACAGUCAAGCGAUAGAAAUUUUCGCACCAUCCUGUCGCUGUUUGGCCAUGUGCAUUGCGGUGCAUACACAUACGCAGUAGUUCGAUAAUCGGCAGCUCUGUGAAAAUGCACAGCAGUGAUCAGGUCUGAAACGGGCCCAUAGUAUUUUUCCUGACAAGCACUUUUACAAAAAAAAUUGUAACCAUUACACAAAUCUUUGAGCUGCUGCUGUUUGUAUUACUGUUAUAGUUUUGUGUUUUUGUUAUUAUUCUUCUUAUCCAUUUUGCCAUAUAAUAUCCAUUGAGUGAAUUGAAAUGUAGUAACUUUGUAGCAUGUAUAGUAGUUUAUAGAAAUGGAUCACCCAAAUGUUAUACAAGAGUCUAUGAAGAUAUGAGGAACAGUGCUCAAGGAGGCAACGGGGUAAUUUAGGUCCUAUCUUGUAGGACCUAAGAAGUUCAAAAGUCUAUGGCAGUGGUUCCCAAACUCAGUCCAAAAUUCACCCAGUCCAGGUUUUAAGGAUAUUCAUGUUUAUCCACUUAUCUGGCGUGGUCGUAUCUUAUGCGACCACACCAGGCUAAGCUUUUCCUGAUGUGGUCGCAUCUGAGGUGACUGUGUCAGAAGAGCCUCCUGGCAGCCAAUUUUUCAGGAUCUGCUGGGCUCAUCCCACUCAGAUGACCCCUGAGGUUGCUGUAGCAUCUUCCCUAUGUGUUCUGCAGCUGAGCUGUGUACAGGGGUAUGGGACUCAGGGUGACAGUGUCUAAGUCGACACCGGAAAUGGGUCGACACAGCCAUUAGGUCGACUUGAACCAGGUCGACAUGGAAAGGACGACAUGAGGUUUUUAUGGUUUUUUUGGUGUUGUUUUCUUCGUAAAGUGACGGGGAACCCUAAUUAGUGCACCGUGUCCCCUUGCAUGGCUCACUUCGCUCGCCAUGCUUUGGGCAAGGUGCCACGCUGCGCUCGGCACAGGUUACCGUUCCCAGUUGUAGUCCACGUGGAUUGUAAAGUAUGAAAAAGUUCAAAAAAUUAAGAAAAAAAUUUGAAAAACUCAUGUCGACUUUUUUCCCGUGUUGAAAAUAUUGCCUGUGUCGACCUAGAGUCCGAAUACCGUGUACGGAAGGGGGUUCGGUCCUCUUGCAACCUGAGCUCGGGGAUCAGGAAAGCUGCAGCUUAACUUUUCUACUCCGGCUACAGAUACUGCCAUAGGUCAGCUGCAAUGGGAAAUUCCGCCAACCUGGGCUGCUGACUGCACUGCAGCAGCACCACCUCCCCCUGCCCUCUCCCAGCCAGCAGUAAUUGUUAGUUUUUUUAAAUUAUUAAGGGGUCUAUUCAUGAAGCAGUGAAAACAGUGGAGAAGUUGCCCAUGGCAACCAAUCAGCUGCAACUUAUAAUUUUAUAGAAUGCACUUUAGAAAUGUUACCUCAACACUGGUUGCCAUGGGCAACUUCUCCACUCUUUUCACUGCUUCACCCCUAAAUUAUGUAAAUAAACGAUUUAACUCUUAUUCUGUAAAAAUAAGAAUUUACUUACCGAUAAUUCUAUUUCUCGUAGUCCGUAGUGGAUGCUGGGAACUCCGU